GACCCAAAAAUGUAAGUGAAAGCUGGGUCUCGGGGACGUCGAAACGAGGCCUCGGGUCAGCGGGUCAGACCGCGACACAGUGAAAGUGAGAGCACGGAUUGAAAACCUCGUUUUCUCGCGGGGCCUGCUCUGCUCGGAGCAGGGAAAGUGAAAUCUCUGAGAGCAGAAGCUUCGACGCGAAAACCCCUGGCUGAGCACUCUCACUUUCGUUGCUCGCUUUCAUGAGGCCCACAUUUCGCUCUCGAUGCAACGUUCACUGACCUCCGACAAGCCAGAAACGUUUGAGACUUCGGCCGGCUGUGUAAACUCGUGCUGCAAUCGGACUGCGUCCCAAAAUUCGAAUUUCACAUUCCCAAAAAUCGGGAAUUUUCAUUUUCAAAACCAUUAAAAACAAAGAUUCUUAUCGACGUCAUUAAAUCCGAUAAAAUUUCAACCAAAUUGGAGAUAAAUGCAACUCGAAAUCUUUCCAAUUACACCAAGCGCCUCAAAUUAUUGCAAAUUACGAAACACAAGACGCGAGGAAAGAAUUUCAGCAGCGUUAUCGAUCGUCUGAAUCGAGAGUCAAUACGAGGUGGCGAUUCCACGACGAAGCUCGACGUCCGUUCCAGUAUCUGGGUUCGAUGAGAUCUUAUAAUCGCCUCGACGACACUGUCGAAAUCAGGCAAAAUCUGUCAGCAGCUGAUCCCGUCGAUCGAGUCUGUUAAUUCUGAUUUCUCUACAGAAUCUUCGGUACGAUCGUUUCCAGAGAUUCACUUAGAUUCGGGUGAUGGAAAUACAAGCUUCUGAAAACUUCCUGGCGAAGCUUUUUCCCACGAGGAAGUGAAAUUCGACAGUUUAUCGAGGGAAAGCGACGAAGCAAUUUUUAAUUAAUCUGCUAUUUGAAGAAACGAAAUUCCUGCCCUCGGCUUAUCGAGCCUCACUAAAAAAAGCAUGGAAAACGCGCCAAUGAAAGUCUCCGAGAUAAUCUUAUCGCGCAAUCGCGUAUUUGUUAGCACGUUUUCGAGGCAAAAUGCGAGAUGCUCAAACGAAAAGAUUCUUCAUUAGAUCGAACGAUAAAUUGAGUAAUCGAACACCUGAAAAUUCUUAAAUUCUCAAUCCCAAAGUUUCAAUUCUUAACUCACAAUCAAAGGCUAAAAAUUUCGAGUGGCUGCUGCAGAUAAGGCUGAUUACAAUGGAAACAAAGAUACGAAACACAGGCUCGGAGGGUAUAAAAUUCGGCUGACCGAUAAAUCUUCGUCAGAUCGAUCCCUCGAUUGGAAGAUCGAUCGCGAGCCUGGAAGUGCACUGUUAAAUUUUUUAUAAUCACUUAGAAAACAAAACGUUCAUCGUUUCGUCAUGAUUUCGCUGCGAAAAAGCCUUUUGCUGUUGGCCCUUUUCGGGCUUGCGGUCGCCAGCGACGAGGUGGGCAUCAACGUCAAGGAUGACGCUCCUAUAAUCGUGCAGGAAAUGAACUUAAGUUCGACGUUUGACAAUUUUUUGCCUAAAAUUCGAAAAUUCAUAACGAUGAAUGGUUACGAUCCCAUGGAAAUUCCAGACGUCGAAAUACCUCUUUCCCCCUUGCCGGGCUUUUUGAAGACAAAAAUGGAAAUGCAUCACGGCUACUUGCAAGAGGUGUCGACGAUUUACCGCACGGGCGACAUCAUUUGGCAAUGGACCGACGUCAAAGGGGCUCUGUAUCUGAAUAUCGGAUUCGAAACUUUGGACAUGAGUUACGAAUACGCACUGCAGUACAUGCUGUACCGUCGGAAGGGCGAUUGUUACGGUCGCUAUCACAACGUCUCUGCGAGUAUGCUCAUUGACGUGGACCUUGUAAAUCACAAAGGAAGUUUAAGGUUUUUCAAAUUCACUGGAUUUGGAGAUUUCAAGCUGAGGCUCGAGGGUCACGUCGCAGACAAAUUGAUCAACGUCAUCAUUGAAGCUGUGACGAAAAUUUUCAGGAAGGAAGUACUCAUUCUCGUCGAAUUGAAGGCUCAAGAAGAAAUAGAGAAAAUGCUUAAAGACAUCAACGUCUCGAUACCGGAUGCGUUCCAGAUCAAAGUUAAGCAAGUCAUGAAAGGUCACGAGUUCGACGAGUACAUGCCUCACAAUAUUGAUUAUCAAAAUGCAAUAGUGUAACUCGGUGUCGAUCGUGGAGCCGAACGAAUGACGAUCCGAUCAGUGGAGAAUAAAAACUGCGUUGCUAUCA